AAAACAGCUGGAGCCUGAUCUCUGCUUUGAGAGUAGUAACCAAGAUGGCGGCGCCCAUGGACAAAGUUGCCGAACAUCACAAACAAAAACAGAUUUGUGCCUCAAGACCGGCCUACCGGCAAGGCAGGAGAGACAGAGCCGUGAAGGUGUACACAGUAAACCAGGAGUCCAGGUACCUGUUGGUCCAGGGUGUUCCCGCCAUCGGAGUGAGCGAGGAUCUCGUGAAGCGGUUUGCGCUGUACGGUGCCGUGCAGGAGUACCGGAUCCUACACGAGUACCCUGCUGAGGAGUUCACACAGGCUUACUGGGUCAAGUUCGACAGACUGCAGGCCGCAAGAGUAGCCAAGAGAAAACUUGAUGAGUACUCGUUCUUCGGAGGCGUGCUCCAUGUGAGCUAUGCUCCUGAGUUUGAGACAGUGCAGGACACGAGGGAGAAGUUGGGAGAAAGGAGACUCCUCAUCGCCAACAAAACUAGAGGAAAUGAUCGUGUCAAGCAGCAGCCCACUCCAUCACAACAGGAAAGAAGGAAACCUCAGGCUUCAACUUCAACUUCUACAUCAAUCUUACAAACUGAGCCAAGUCAUGGAACAAACUCCAGCUACCAGGAAACAUUUCCUCCAGUGCCUUCAGAAGUGGAAACAUUUCAUGCUCUUCCUGCACCCCCACAGCACCAGUGGUACCACCCUGCACAGCAUCACUCACAAUGGGACGUUCCAAAAGUUGCUUCCAAGCAGGGGGUUUAUCCUUUGGGUUACGAUGCUCGCUUAUCUGUUCAACCUCCUAACACAGACCAAUCAAACACAAGAAACAGAACACCUACAGAUAAUCAGGCUGAAGAUUCUAGGCCUCUCAUUGGUCCACAGCUUCCAUCCAAGGACCAAUCAGGUGGCAGCAAUGAGGGAGCUACAGGACAAGCUGUAAUAAGACCAGAUCUUGUUCCAAGACAAGUCCUGGCUGGUAGGAAGAGACCAGCUCCUCCUGGUUUCUUUGGAGAAGCCUUGGAGGAAGAGAAAGACUCUAAAGGAGAAGAUGAAGAAGACAAUGACCUGCAGAAGACAUCUUGUCCUGACACUGGCAGCUCCUCUAUGAACAGGACGGCAAUCUUUGUCAGACAGAAAAUGAGACAGAUUUCACAAACAAGGACCAUGUCUUCAGGUGGCAGGUCCUCCAGGUCAGGCUCAUCAUCAUCAUCGUCAGGGUCAUCCAAGUCAACAACUAGGAGGAGAAUUUGACUUUUGUCCUUUCUUUAUCGUUAUUGCACCUUAAGGAUACAAAUUAAGUUUAUUCCGUCUGUAACAAACGGCACCAAACACAAGCAAGAGAUACAUGAUACCGGUACACUUCAACUUUGUCCUGUAAAUUUAUUGUUUUUAUUUCAUAUUGUUGGAACAUUAACUACGUGGAAAGGCUGAUAAUCAUUGUACAGUUGUUUUCCAGGCAUUCUGACUUGUACAUGUACAUUGUCUACAGCAAUAUGCGUUUCCAAAAGUCAAAGCAUAUUUCAUGUUAAACUUGCAUGUAUACUCAAACCUGUCUAUAGUAACCACUGAACUCAAGGGACUCGCAAUAGUCGCAAUAGACUGGUGGUCACAAUCUGCAGCAUUCUUCCUGCUUUUGUGUCAAUUAAUCUCCAAGCAGAUCCUACGGUAGCAUAAGAUAGUAUCAAAAGACGGCAGUGGAGUGAAGCUGGCUUAGGAGUGUGUUUCACUACCGGGCAAGGACACCUUUUGUCUGACUACACUCCUUGGCCAGUUUGGUACUAUCUUAUGCCAUUGUAGGAUCUGCUUGGAGAUUAGUGUCAAUGGGAAAAAUUAUCUAAAGGACUAGUUGCAAGGUGGUCCAUACCUUAUACAGAGGUGGUCACAGUUACAUGUAUAAAGGUUUGACUUUAUUCUACAGAAUUACAUAUUUUUAUUUUAUGUAAGCGAUAAAUGUCAAUAUUUUUCCAUUUGCUGUGCCAUGUUUAUUUGGGAAGUACUUCUCAUUUCUUGCUGUUUAAAAGUGUCUGUAGCAAACAUUCUACCAAGAACAUUUAAUGAAAACAUCUGUGGCAAAAAUACAAGUGCAAUUUCUUACAUACUGGCAAAAGACAUUCACAUUUUGUGUGUUUUUUGUUCAGAAUUUGGGUUGGUGGAUUGUAUCGUUACUUUAGAGCAACUUUGCAAGCGAAAUACAUUUGAUUAUCAAGUUGUGCUGUCACAAAAGUGUUUAUGAGAAAGUUAUGUGUACAAACAGAUGCUUCAAACAGUGAUUCAAAUUGUAUCAAAAUGUACAGUUGAUUAACAGUGACACUAGUGUGGAGUUGCAAAUCAAUUGUACCUUAUGCACAUAAAUGCUUAUUCACAAAGAUUUAAUCUUAAGAGGAAGUUGUAAUCUCCAAGUAAAUGUUAGAAGUAAAAAUCAUAGCAUUUUCAAGCUCUCCAUUUCUGUUAUCAAUGCCACUGAAAGUUCAUACUUUGCAACCAAAAUGGUCAAGGGGAGCUAAAAAAGAAGUUACAAUUUUGCAUUGCAACAUCUAUCUGGAGACUUAGUCUGUUCCACAUGUAUGAAAACCAUUGGUCUUAAAAAGUUAUAUUCUGUUCCCUCUCAUCUUGCAAAUGUAAAAGUCCAGGUCAACAAAGAUGCCAGAAGAUAGUUUAUUCUAAUUUCAUUUGUGAUGCAGCACUGCUUUGCUUACCAAUUCAAAUGUCAAUCUAAACAAACGGUAUAUUUUUCCAAGAGUGCACAAAAUAUAUAUAUUCCAUUGAAACAUCAGGAAAACCUGCCAAUAUGGUAUUUUCUUUUGACAAAGUGAAAGAAACUCUGGUUAAAGUCCAUACUACACAACCAAAGUUUUUCACCUACCAACAUUCUAGUAGUCCUGAGGAAGGUAACAGAACAACCAAAACACUGGCAAGUAAAACUGUCUUUCACUUUGUCAAA